AUGGCAGCCACACGGAGCGCUGCUCUCAAACUCGAUUGGGCCAAAGUAGCCCAGAGCCUUGGACUUCGCGGCCAAACCGCUGCCUCUCUCCAGGCCUUCAAGAAGCGUAACGACGACGCCCGCCGCAAGGUCCAGGUCUUGUCCGAGACACCUCAGACCGUCGACUUCGCCCACUACCGUAAGGUGCUGAAGAACCAGGCCAUCGUCGACGAGAUCGAACAGCACUUCAAGAACUUCAAGCCAGUCACCUACGAUGUCAACAGACAAUUGAAGGCCAUCGAGGCCUUUGAGGCUCAGGCUGUCAAGAACGCCGAAGAGACCAAGGGUAAAGUUGAGAUGGAAUUGGAGUCUCUGUCGCAGACUCUCGAUAACAUCGAGUCCGCUCGACCAUUCGAGGACCUCACAGUCGAUGAUGUUGCCGCUGCUGCUCCAGAAAUCGACAGAAAGACCGCUCAGUUGGUAUCCAAGGGUAUCUGGAUGCCAGCAGGCUACAAGGGCACGCCGCAACCACGAAUAUUUCGUACAGGGUUACUGAUCUUCUUACUCGAACAGGAGAAAUACGGUGACCUGGCUGUCAUGUAA